AUGACUCGGACAAUUUUACCAGUUGAACUUUGUCUUCAGAACACGCAAGUGUACCGACUCCCACCUCCCAAAGUUCAGACAUUCUCAGGCGAAGAGAAGAAGAAAGCCUUUCCUGAUAACGGUGAAAACGGAUCUCGCCCUCGGUGCUACGCUGAAAUCGCAGCCAAAACUGACGCUGCAGUUCGCCUUACGAAUGACCGUAGUUUUGGCGCUUCUGCGGAGGGGCCACUAAUAAUCAUGUUCCAUCAGGGACAGGAAACACAAGAUGAACAAACUGGUGACCAAGAUCCUGGUGAUGCCAAGAAGAAGAAUACUGAAAUUAUUGGUGACGAACAGGAAGUCGAAGUCGAAAAAAGUGGACGCACAGAAGCUGUGUUUAUGCAUCUAUGGAGAUCGAUGGGCCUCAACUUGAAGCGCAUUGCUGUCAUAUCAGAAUUCGAGCGGAACAAGCGAAAGCCCAAGGUUCCGAUUACUUCUGAUGCGAACGCGGCGACUGAAAAUCGAGGUUGGCAUCAGUAUCCGUCUAUGCCAUCGAUGGCAUGCACCGAAUUCGUAGGCGAAGAAAAAACUGUCUAUAUCAAAAAACUUUUAGUUGAUCACACCGAAGGCCGCAUACUCCGGAUCCAAAAACGCAAGACUGUCAUCGACAAAGAGGCGUUCCGGGCGAUAAAUCGGGUAAAGUAA